GGGCUUCGCUCCAGUGCCUUUUUCUCUUGUGGUUUACUGGCCUCGCAUCUAUUCUUCUAAGCCCCUUCUCCUAUGAAGUUUUUUUGUGCUAGUUAGGUCCUUGCUUCAGUCUCAAAGUUAGCGCAUGAAACUCGUCUUUUUGCUAGCCAAUUCCUAGUUCUUCUAAUUUCGGUUUGAAUUGGAUCCUCCUUGCUUACCUUGGCUCGUCUUUUCUUGGUCCGGCCUUUUCGUUCUGCCUAAGUGUACGCAUCAGAACAUUCAUCCCGGUUGUACAUUCGAAAAAGUCUUCUGGGCCAUUAUGGCAGCCAAGUGGACUGGCGGACAUUCUUCUCCUAUUCUCUGCCUGAAUGCAAGUAAAGAAGGACUAGUGGCUUCUGGAGCAGAGGGUGGAAGUCUCGUGGCUUGGGGUGAAGAUGGGACUCCAUUAGGACACAUGCAGUUCCAAGGGGCUGACGAUGUUACCAGUGUCUUAUUUUCUCCCUCCUGCCCCACCAAGCUCUAUGCCUCACAUGGAGAGACGAUAAGCAUACUGGAUGUCAGGUCCCUCAAAGGUAUCCUGGACUAUUUUCAUGUGAAUGAAGAAGAAAUCAAUUGUCUUUCAUUGAAUGAAACUGAGAACCUGCUGGCUUCUGCUGAUGACUCUGGGGCAAUCAAAAUCCUAGACUUGGAAAAUAAGAAAGUUAGCAGAUCCUUGAAGAGACAUUCCAAUAUCUGUUCCUCUGUAGCUUUUCGACCUCAGAGACCCCAAAGCCUGGUGUCAUGUGGACUGGAUAUGCAGGUAAUGCUGUGGAAUCUUCAAAAAGCCCGGCCAGUCUGGAUUACAAAUUUACAGGAGGAUGAAGCAGAAGAAAUGGAAGGCCCACAGUCACCGGGUCAGCUCUUAAACCCUGCUCUGGCCCACUCGGUCUCUGUGGCGUCAUGUGGCAAUAUUUUUAGUUGUGGUGCAGAAGAUGGUAGGGUUCGGAUCUUUAGGGUAAUGGGAGUCAAAUGUGAACAGGAACUGGGUUUUAGGGGCCACACUUUAGGGGUGUCCCAGGUCUGCUUUCUGCCAGAAUCCUAUUUGCUGCUUACUGGAGGUAAUGAUGGGAAGAUACUGUUGUGGGAUGUGAGCACUGAAGUCAAGAAAAAACAAAAGAGUCCUAUAAAACAUAGCCACAGAAAGAAAACUAAAGGAGGAACCUACACUAAGCAGGUUGGCAGUUCUAAUGCUUCAGUAACAGAUGAAGAACAUGGCAAAACUUCACCAAAGCUAAAUAUCGAACAUGGGGAAAAAGUGAACUGGCUCUUGGGUAUAAAAAUAAAGGGACACCAAAAGAUAUUAGUAGCUGAUCAAACUAGUUAUAUAUCUGUUUAUCCCUUAAAUGAAUGUUAAAUCCAAUAAAAGCAUUAGAAGAA